CUUUGGCAAUCAACCUUUUUAUAUCCUCAAAAAACGAUUCAAAAAUGAAUCGAACUUUUGAUGUAUUUUCAAUAACUUUCACUUUUAAACACUGACUAUGUACCUAUCUACAGCAAAGAAGAGUAAAUUAUUGAUUUUGAAGUAUUGGUCCAAGUACGUUCUAAUCGUAAACAAUAAAAGUUAACGGUUCAGUGAAUUGUCAAUUCCAAAAAGUGAUUCUGAUCACCUUUCAUUUGUAUUUAAACUAAAAAACCAAUGAGCAAGGAUAUAAAUAGCCAAGAGGCGAGUAGCAAAACCAUAACAAUUCAGCAGUACUUCAGAGCAAACAGCUGUUCCUGAGUUCAACCAACCAUAACACAAUGAAGGCAUUCGUCGCAUUCCUCGUUGCUACUUUGGCCGUUGCCACUCAAGCCGGAUAUGUCGAGAACUCGUGGCCAGUUAGUUCUCUGGGAUGGAACUCCUGGAACAACGGAUGGAACAAUGGAUGGAAUGAAUGGAACAACUGGAACACCAAGGGUCUGGUUUCGUAUCCUUAUUCCUCAGUUCAUGGAUCCUGGCCAGCAGUGAAUUCCGUCUAUGACAAUUCCUGGAUCAACGGAAAUGGAUGGUAUGGAGCUAAGCCAACCGUAGUUCAGGCCAAUGUUGCCAAAGUCAACCCUUGGGGGCUUCCAUGGGCCGAAUAUGGUUAUGGACAUGGAUACAACAAAUAUGUUGCUCAUGGUGCUCCAGUCGUUGCUGCCAAGUAUGUUGCUGCCAAUCCAGGAUCAGUUCAUGUUGCGCCAUUGGUUGGACAUGCCGUCAACCAGAAGGUGAUUGUCGCAUAAACUUAUGAGAAUUGGU